AUGCGUUGCUUAGCUUUUGGAAGGCAUCUUUCGUUUUAUAUUAAUUUAUUCGAACAUCUAUCUAUCUAUCUAUCUAUCUAUCUAUCUAUCUAUCUAUCUUUUUUCCUUAUAUAUCUCUAUCUAUAUUUGCAAAAAUUUCCAGAUAUUUUGCUUGUUUCUUUCUCUCUCUCUCUCUCUUCUGUAUUCCCUUCCCUCUCUUUCUAUAUCUCGAUCUAUCUCUAUGCAUUUGUUCAAGUUGAUGUGUUUUACUCUUUUUCUUUCUCAUUCUCUCCCUCCCUUUCUCCCUACCCUCUCUCUCUCUCUCUCUCUCUCUCUCUCUCUCUCUCUCUCCAUUACAUCUCUUAUUCUUUACUUCUCUGUCAUCUAUUCCCCGGUCUCUCUCGUUUGUCCUUUUUUUCCACAUCUUUCUUUUUUUUCUUUUUUGUUCCCUUCCUUUCUCUGUCCACCCCCCCCCCACACCAUUACAUCUUUCCUUCCUUAUUUUCUUCUCUCAAUCAUUUCGACCGACACUAA